AUGAAAGGUGGUAGCACAAAAUCUCUUUUUCAAAGGGAAUACCAACAAGGAGGAGCACUAGAGUCAUGGAAAUUGUUCUUCACCCCAAAGGGUUUCAAGCAAAGAUUUUUCUCUCCAAAUCCCAAAACCCUUGGUGGGUUUUCUCUAACUAAUAAUGGGUUGCAUAAAUUCAAUAGUUUUAAUUUAAAAGCUAAUAUCUUUGAUCAAAAGGACAGAAAUUUAUUCAUCUGCAAAGCUGAAGCUGCUGCUGCUGUUGAUGAUGAUGAUGAUGGGAAACAAGUUUUUGAUGAAUUAGAAACUGAGAAACCAAAGUUUUUAGGUGUUGAAGUUACCACACUCAAGAAGAUUGUACCUCUUGGGAUGAUGUUCUUUUGCAUCUUAUUCAAUUACACAAUUCUAAGAGACACAAAAGAUGUUCUUGUUGUCACUGCUAGAGGAAGUAGUGCUGAGAUUAUACCUUUUUUGAAAACUUGGGUGAAUCUUCCUAUGGCUAUUGGGUUUAUGUUGUUGUAUACAAAAUUGGCUAAUGUUUUGUCUAAGCAAGCUCUUUUUUAUUCUGUUAUUGUUCCUUUUAUUGCUUUUUUUGGAGCUUUUGGGUUUGUUUUGUAUCCUCUUAGUAACUAUAUUCACCCUCAGGCAUUUGCUGAUAAACUUCUUAGUAUUCUUGGACCUAGGUUUCUUGGUCCACUUGCUAUUAUGAGAAUUUGGAGUUUUUGUUUGUUCUAUGUUAUGGCUGAAUUGUGGGGGAGCGUGGUGAUUUCUGUCCUGUUUUGGGGGCUUGCCAAUCAGAUAACUACCGUUGAUGAAGCAAAGCGGUCCUAUCCACUGUUUGGACUUGGAGCCAAUGUAGCUCUUGUAUUCUCCGGCCGGACAGUCAAAUACUUUUCCAAUCUGAGGAAAACUUUAGGUCCCGGAGUUGAUGGUUGGGCUAUCUCUCUUAAAGCAAUGAUGAGCAUUGUUGUUGGUAUGGGACUUGUUAUCUGCCUUCUGUAUUGGUGGGUGAACAAUUACGUUCCUCUCCCCGCUCAUAGCAAGAAGAAAAAGGAGAAGCCGAAAAUGGGAACAAUAGAGAGCUUGAAGUUCUUGAUGUCUUCAAGAUAUAUAAGAGAUCUUGCCACUUUAGUGGUUGCAUAUGGAAUAAGCAUUAAUCUUGUUGAAGUUACAUGGAAAUCAAAGCUCAAAGCUCAAUUUCCUAGCCCAAAUGAGUAUUCAUCCUUUAUGGGUGACUUCUCAACUGCGACUGGAAUCGCUACCUUCACGAUGAUGCUUGUAAGCCAAUUUAUAUUUGACAAAUAUGGAUGGGGAGUAGCUGCCAAGAUCACGCCUAGCGUCCUGCUUAUGACCGGAGUUGGUUUCUUUUCUCUCAUAUUGUUCGGCGAUCCGCUCGCGCCUGUUAUUGGAAAGCUUGGAUUGACUCCAUUGCUAGCUGCUGUGUAUGUUGGUGCCAUGCAAAACAUAUUCAGCAAGAGUGCUAAGUAUAGUUUAUUUGAUCCAUGCAAAGAAAUGGCCUACAUACCCUUGGAUGAAGAUACCAAGGUAAAGGGAAAAGCAGCCAUUGAUGUUGUGUGCAAUCCAUUAGGGAAAUCUGGUGGUGCUCUAAUUCAACAGUUCAUGAUCCUAACUUUUGGUUCACUAGCUAAUUCAACUCCAUAUCUAGGAGGUGUACUUCUAGUGAUUGUUCUUGCUUGGUUAUCAGCAGCCAAGUCCCUUGACACACAAUUUACUGCAUUGCGCCGCGAAGAAGAACUCGAGAAAGUGAUGGAAAGAGCCGCCACCAUUAAUAUACCAGUGGUGGCUGAGAAUGAAGAUGGAAAUGGUUCUCUUGUUGCACCUUUAAAUCCAGAAGAAGGUGAUUACUCAACUAGUUCAUCUCAACCUUCAAAUACUCAAAAUAUUUAAAUUUUAGUUUCCAAUUCUUUAUGUAAAAUUACUAGAGAUAGAAAGAAUAAGCACCACUAUGAAACAAGUGUUAAGAUGAAAUGAAACUACUUAUUGUAGGUAAAUAUCUGCUUAUACAAUAAGUUUGUUUUUCUGUUUUUCCUAGUCCUGUUAUAACUUAUAAUCAAUUCUUUUUAGUUUC